GGGACACUCUUCUGAAAGUGGAUUUUAAAGAAAAAGCAACUGAUUGAGCAAAACGAAGUUACGAACUGUAAUAUAAAGUAGGGAAUCAUAACCUUCAAUGCAGCUAAUACGGAGUUCCGGGCACUGAUCCAGCUAUCCGUCAGAAACAGACAACAGGAAUGUUGGAGAGAGAGACAAGUUUCAUUAAAGAAGAAUUAAAUAGGCAAUGAUCAUAAAAAGUUAGCUACCACAAAAAGGUGUGUUGCUGAGAAACCUGCAAAAAAUACUUGAUGAAAAGUUCCAGUAUUGUGUUGAACGAUGACCAACUGUUCUAUUGACCACAGUAUCCACCAAAUCCUGUUUCCCACGGUCUACAUUGCUGUCUUCAUCAUCGGACUCCCAACUAAUCUCCUGUCACUGUAUCACAGCUACCUGCAGAUCAGACAGAGGAAUGAGCUGGGAGUUUAUCUCUGUAAUCUGACCAUCUCAGACCUGUUGUACCUCAUUUCCUUGCCCUUCUGGGUUCAGUAUAUGCUGCAGCACGAUGACUGGGUCCACUCCCGGGCACUCUGCAUACUCAGUGGUCUGCUCCUCUACCAGAAUAUCUACAUCAGCAUUGGCUUCCUCUGCUUCAUCUCCAUUAACCGCUUCCUCGCUGUGGCCUACCCUCUGAGAUUUAAAUUUUUACACACCAGGAAGGCUGCAGUGUUCAUCAGUGUUCUCAUCUGGAUCAAGGAGAUUCCUGCUUGUGGCUUUUACAUAAACUCCCAGGUUCUUAGUAAAGACAAUGAGAAUGACACCUUGUGUUUUGAACAUUAUCCUAUGCAGUCGGAGGACAGAUAUUUAAAUAUUUACAAGCUCUCUAUUGGGUUCUUCCUCCCUUUGAUUUUAUUCAUUUACGCUUAUUAUAAAGUGCUGGCAGUUGUCCGUAAGGUCCGUGGGCUUCAAGGAGAAAGGAAAUUAAGAAUAAAAAAAUUGGUGUCUGCGUCCAUCAUUAUUUUCCUGGUUUGCUUUGCUCCUUAUCAUGUUCUCCUGAUGAUUCGAACAAUAUUCGAGUAUGAAUGUAAAUUUGCUGACAACGUUUUUGAGCUUUACCAUUUUGGGCUUCUGUUGACGAGCUUAAACUGUGUGGCUGAUCCCAUCUUGUACUGCUUUAUAUCUCCGAGUUCACACGGCUGGUUAACCAGGUUCCUGGAUCCCGUUACAGGUCUCCUUCCUUGCCGUAAGACAGAAGUAACUGACGUCCCAAAGACACAGAUCAAAUCGACAGUUAUGAAUAAAACUGAAUUAACAAGUUAAGGACACCAGGAUGUGGAGGGCAAUGGUUCUAUUUAAUCGGGGAUGGAAUUAGGGAGUCAUAAGGACACCUUGCAUAACCUUCAUUUAUAUUUCCUCUAGCAUAACUGAUUACUGGGUGAUCUGACUGAAGUGUUUAAAACAUUUUAAAAAUUUGGUAGGCUAUAUAGAGAGAAGCUACUUCCACUGCUGAGAUCAAAAAUGAGGGGAUAUGUCUACAUUUGCGCGAGGCCAUUUCUACACACAGUCUAUUAGAAAUCAGAAAUUCUCAUGCCUGAUCAGUAGAUGCUGAAAGUCAACUGGAGUUUUGUGACUGCUGAUAGAUUUUUGUUAGGUAAAUUUAUCAAGGGAUAUGGAGCUAAGGUAGGUGAUACAAUUGAACGGCGGGGCAAGCUCGAAGUGUGAAUGGCGUAUUCUUGUUCUUAUGUUUUCUAACAGAAUGGAUUGGUACAUGAGGAGUGUUGGCUACCUUCUUUGCAAACUCUUGUUUUUCUCUUUAAAAAAAAUCACUUUGCCUCCACUUUUUUUCCUCCUUUCAGAAAGAAAGAAUUUAGAUUUAUGUCACACUUUUAAAACUUCAAGUUUUCACAAUUCUAUAGCCAAAGAUGUACUCCUUGUGUUAUAAUGCAAGGAAGCGUGGCAGACAGCGCCACAAAUAACAAUGAGUUAACAAUCAAGUAAUUUGUUCCUUUUUAGUGAUGGUUGAUUAACGAUAAAACACCAGAUUGUGAGCCAAAGUUUAGUAAGCCUUCAUCACUGAGAAAUCAGAUUUUUCUCUGAAAACCUCUAGUCCUGUCACCAUAUCUGAUGUUAUCAUAUUGCUUUAAAGGGAAGAUUAUUUUGAUCUAAAUAAUUCCCUGGACUUUAAGCUCUCCCCUUCUAUGUGGAAUAUAAAUUUAAAUUGUGACUAAAUGAAUUAGCAACCAAAGCUUCAAAAAGAAUACUCACCUUAUAUGCUUUAGAAUAUCUCGAACAAACAUAAGAAAUAAGAACAGGAGUUAUAGACUAUUUGCCCUCUCGAGCCUGCUCUGCCAUUCAGUAAGAUCAUGGCUUAUCGGAUAUUGGCCUCAGUACUUUCCUGCCUGCCCCCCUUAAUGGUUGACUCCCUUGUAGAUCAAAAAUCUAUCAGACAAAGCAGCCUCGAAUAUAGUCAGUAACCCAGCCUCCACUGCUCACCGAGAGAAGAAAUUCCUCAUCUCCAUCUCAGUUGGGACACCCUUUAUUCUGAAAUUGUGCCCGCUAGAUCUAGAUUCCAACCACACAGCAUCUACCCUGUAGAUCACCUUUCAUUCUUCUAGCUCCAAUUUGUAUAGGCUCUACCUUUCCUCAUAAGACAACUGCUUCAACUCAGGAAUCAACCAAGUGAGCCUUCUCUGGAUUGUCUCCAAUGCAAGUACAUCCCACCUUAAAAACCGUACACUGUAUUCUAGGUACACUGUACAGAUGUAGCAAGUCUUCCCUACUUUUAUACAGCAUAACUGCAGUAAAAGCAAAUUUCAUUUACCUUCCAAAUUACUUGCCAUGUCUGCAUGCUAACAUUUAGUGACAAGCAAGCAAAUGCUCCUUUUCUUUACAGGUAUGGAAUAGAGCUCUGCAUUAGGGUAAUGAAUAAGAACGAGUAUUUUCAGAAAGAUUUUUAAUUGGCUUAGAGUUUUGAAAGAUUGGAAUUAGUUUAAGAGUUUUGAGUUAGAAUUAAAAUUGGAGUAGCAACUCUGGUAAAGAUUGUGAUUUAAUUACAUUUAUCAAAUUAACUUGGAUGAGGAAUUCUGGUGAAGAUUGGAGUUGAACUAGAGCUUCAGAUAAGGAUUGAAGUUGGAAUAUAGUUUUGGGGGGAUAGAUUUAGGUUGGAUUUGGGUUUCAGGGUGAGACUGGGAUUGGAUUAAAGUUUUUGGUAAAAUUUUGAAUUUAGGUUAGCAUUUCAGUUAAAGAUUACGAUUGGAUUGGAAUUUUUGGUCGACUGGGAUUGAAUUUGAGCUUCUGGUAAAAUAUUGAAAUGGGAUUAUAAUUUCUGGUGGGAAGUGAGAUUGGAUUAGAGCUUCAGGUAAGAAUUGAGGCUGGACAUAACUAUGUAACAGCCUUCAGUUUCUAAUUGCAAUACUUUUUUACAUUCUAUCUCUUUUCACUUAAAUUGGUUAUGUCCCUGAGAUUACUGUCUCUUAGAUUUUCUUUGUCCUUUUGUCUUUGUGUAUGGUUAGGGAUAAAGUAAGUCCAUAAUUCUGUCUGAAGCCUCUGUGUGGUUAAAUGCAAAAAAAAAUAUGCAUUCACUCUGAAACUUUGGCUUUUGAUCUGAAAGUAAUCAAAUUACAAAUACUGCGAACAUCAUUUCUUGUCUUUUCUUCACCUGAGGAUAAGUGCAUUGCUAGGGCAGCAUUUAUUGUGUAUCCCUACUUUAAUUAAGAGGGUGGUUAUCUGCCCUCUUCUUCAACUGCUGAAGUCCAUGUUGUGUUGAAACAUCCAUGGUGUUGUUAAGGAGGGAGUUCAAGGAAAUUGACCCAAUGAUAAAGAAAUAGCGAUAAACAUCUAAGUCAUGAUGGUCUAUUGGCACAAGUCAGGAUGCUGGCACUAACAUUCAUUGAAAUGGAAUACAAACCUCUUCCGCUGUUGCAUGUUGGACCUGUGUUGCUUUUUAUUUCUAUAUCCUUUCCUAAGAGGGCAUUGGAUAAAUACGCCAAGAUUUUGAUUUCACCUAGCUGAAUUGGAAUGACACAAGGCUGAGGCAGAACUUCAUGGAGCUUAAAACUUUGUUAUGUCAAUCCAAAAUUCAUUCAAAAGAUUUAGAAAGAAUGCAACAUAUAUUUGAAAGCUAAGUACUGUGUUCAUUUAUAAUGGUAACUUUUUUGCUUUGUCUGUAUUACCUCACAUAUUACA